AACAGUUCAGAGAGUCCGAACGUGUCUGAGAGAGAGACAGAGUGAGUGAGUGCAAGGGUACCUAGAGGAGUCAGAGCAAGAAAGCUAGGGCCACUAGAGCUAGGCUCAAGACAUAGUGACCAUGGAUGUCUCCACAUCUCCGGUGAUCUCUACAACUUCCAGCAGCGCCGGCGUCCCGGGGGGAUUAUUCCGGGCUGAACCUCUGUAUUCGUCUCCAGAAGAGGCCCCUCGUCUAACCCCUACUAUGAUCAACAAUUUCAUGGCCAAUAACCACAACAGCAGUGUCGUGGGUGGCGGGAUUGGUGGUGGUAGCAGCAACACCAACACUGAGUGCCGGAUGGUCGACAUGCAUGGGGUGAAGGUGGCUUCAUUCCUGAUGGACGGCCAGGAACUGAUCUGCCUGCCUCAAGUCUUUGAUCUUUUCCUCAAGCACCUGGUGGGAGGGUUGCACACGGUGUACACCAAGCUGAAGAGACUGGAUAUAUCCCCCGUGGUGUGCACUGUGGAACAAGUUCGAAUCCUCCGCGGGCUGGGGGCCAUCCAGCCAGGAGUGAACCGGUGCAAGCUCAUCACCAGGAAAGACUUCGAAACUUUGUUCACCGAUUGCACCAACGCCAGAAGGAAGAGGCAAAUGACAAGAAAACAAGCUGUUAACAGUUCAAGGCCUGGCAGACCUCUUAAGCGUUCUUUGGGAGUGUUGCAAGAUAAUGCCAGCCUUCUACCCCAGGCAGUCCCAGGUAUUUUAUCACCAGGACUUAUCACUCCAACAGGUAUAACAGCUGCAGCAAUGGCUGAGGCAAUGAAGCUCCAGAAGAUGAAGCUUAUGGCAAUGAAUACUCUUCAGGGAAAUGGAAGCCAAAAUGGGACUGAGUCAGAGCCAGAUGACCUUAACUCUACCACAGGUGGAAGCGAAUCUUCCUGGGAUAAAGAUAAGAUAAAAUCUCCAUUUGCUGCUUCUGGACCUCAACAUGGAAUUGCUCAUGCAGCACUGGCUGGCCAGCCAGGCCUUAAGGGUGCUCCUACCCUCAAUCCACUUCAGCAGAAUCGCAUGCUAAGCAAUCGUCUGGAUCUACCAUUUAUGAUGAUGCCUCAUCCCCUACUUCCAGUCAGCUUACCUCAUGCAUCAGUUGCCAUGGCAAUGAAUCAGAUGAACCAUCUCAAUACUAUUGCCAACAUGGCUGCUGCAGCUCAGAUUCACAGUCCACUCUCCAGAGCUGGUGCUUCUGUUAUAAAGGAGCGGAUCCAAGAGAGUCCUUCCCCUGCUCUCUCUCUGGAUGAGAGUCAUCGUCCUGGGAGCCACACCUCCUCUGACCCAAGCAGCAGUGUGUCCAGCUCUCCUUCCCAGAUGGAUCAUAAUUCGGAGAGAAUGGUUAUGAUACCCAACAAUAGAGAAGAACUUAUCGUUGACCAAGAUAAUGGACAAAGCUUAAAAAAAUUCCAAAGGGAUAAUAAAGAGGAAGUACCAGCUCAAAUUCCAAUGAUGAAGUCACCCUUGGAAAAGAUCGAGUUGGCUCCUGGACAGGCAUUGCCCCCUGGAUUCCCUGGACCAUUAAUUUUUGCUGAUAGUCUGUCCUCUGUGGAGACUCUGUUGACCAAUAUUCAGGGUCUACUGAAAGUGGCUUUGGAUAAUGCUCGUAUCCAGGAGAAGCAGAUUCAGCAAGAAAAGAAGGAACUGAGAAUAGAGGUCUACAGAGAAAGAGAAAUUAGAGAAAACCUGGAAAGACAACUUGCAGUUGAGCUUCAAAGCAGAAGUACAAUGCAAAAGCGUCUGAAAAAGGAGAAGAAAGCUAAGAGGAAACUUCAGGAAGCCUUGGAAUUUGAAUCAAAGCGCCGAGAACAAGUGGAGCAUGCACUUAAACAAGCUACAGCUAGUGACAGUGGUUUGAGGUUGUUGAAAGAUACUAGAUUUCCAGAUAUUGAAAUAGAAAACAACGGGACACUUCAUGACAGUGCUUCUAUGCAAGGUACUAUAAACAGCAAUCUCCUUCUUGUAAAUGCUUAA